AUGAAGAGAACAAAUUUUUUACAACCACAGAGUACUUUGGAUUCAUUUUUUGUGACGUUGAAGAGAAAAAAGUCUGUUGAAGCAUCUACAACUAAUUCUACUGUCACUACUGAAGUUGGUGGAACAACUGAACUUCCACUUCCAACAACAUCAGCAGAAUCGUCAACAAGUAAUAGUAUUUCUACUGAAAAUGUUGAACAAGAGAUAACAGAAUCAAGUAAUAAUAUGGACAGCAACAGCCGGAAUAUGAAUAUCAAUUCAGUAGUCAUAGCUCAUGAUAGUCUUUUUUCUGAAAAUGAACAGAUUUCAACUGAAACUGGAACAGCUGAAAUUGCUAAGGCAUUUUCUAGUAAGAUUUUAAAUGCUGGGUUUAUCAAUGAUAUUGGAAAAUUUGUUGGAACAUUUAUGGAUGAUUUGACAAAAAAGUCUGUUAGAAUCGCCAUGGAAGCCAUCAGCUGA